AUGGCCACGAGCAGUUCUUCUGCAGCCAGUUCUGACGCCACCGAAGGGAGUGAAGCUGGCACGACCUUCAGUACAGCGUAUUCCACCAGCUUGGCGAAAGAGUCAGUGGUGUCCAGUGUGUCAGGGCUGCCAGGGGAAGGAGAUAUCCCGGUUCCCGCCUUCUACCCAAGUCCACCUUCAGCCGGAGCCAGCUCAGGGUCAGUGAGGUUGGUCUAUAUCCUCAUCGUCGGAUUCCUCCUCACCCUGGUGGCGGUGCUGUGCUACAUCGUGUUUUCCAUCCUAUCGACACCACCUCCAACGACCACAACCACUACAACUACCACUACAACCACCACUACAACAACCACUACAACCACCACUACAACAACCACUACAACAACCACUACAACAACCACAACAACUACCACUACAACUACCACUACAACAACCACUACAACUACUCCCGCCACUACAAUUACCACGAAGAGCACCAGCACCACAACGACAACGCCGGUGCCUGGGCCCAUGCCGAGGAACAUGGUGUGGUGCACGUUCGGCACGUUCCGGCAGAACUACGACGCCAUCACGCCGGAUAGCUUCUGCGACUUCGCCUUCAUACCGCUGUACGCGAGGAACACCCAGUACGACACCCUGCUCGACGACAGUCACGUGGACGUGCAGAAGAUGCUCGAAAUGGUCCCCAAGGCGACCAAGACGCAGUUCGGCAUCAGCUACCCGCAUGGGCAAAACGCCCAAGUGACGGCUGACGUCAAGAAUCCCCGAGGACAGUCCAAACUGCAUACUUACUGGGCGGGUGGCAUCUACCAUCACGCUGUCCUCGACCUGGAAGUGAAGCCGUGGAAAGGACUGUCCAUCCGUGACGAAGUUCGAAAGGCGUUCGACUUGCUCAAGGCGCUGCGGGCCGUACAGGGGCAACUGAACACGAGCAACCCGAGCGCUAAGGCACCCGACGGCGGCUACAUAGUCCUCGGCGUCCGAAUCUGGCCGGCCAACAGGGUGGACUUCCUGGGAAAUGUAACCGAGCAGAUGCAGCAGUUCCCGGUGGACGGCUUCGUCCCGUGGACUCACUUCACGGAGGACGAGUUCGCAGCAAACUACUCGGAAUGCGUCAUCACGGGAGCGUCGCCACUGACGGCCUCCAACAACAACUACACCAUAGACAUGCGGUUUCGGUCGUACCUUACGGGAGAGAGUUUACGAUCAUCACCGACCAUCACUCUCUUUGCUGGCUCGUCACUCUUCGUGAUCCGUCGGGACGCCUUGCACGAUGGGCCCUGCGAUUGCAAGAGUACAGUUCACUGUCUCCUACAGAGCGGGUGA